UCGCCCGGUCUCGAAAUGGCCACGAUUCAUUUUCCGGGGAUCACCAAACCAAACACCUAGCAGCCAGCAGAGGCAGAGGCGCAGAGCAUGGCCAUGGCGAAGCCAACCGUCGUGCUCCUCCCGGUCUGGGCGUCCGGCCAUUUCAUGCCCGCGCUCGAGGCCGCCAAGCGCCUCGUCGCCGCGCUCGGCGCCGACCUGUUCUCCCUCACCGUGCUCGUCAUGCGCCCGCCCACGCCCGACUCGGCCUCGGAGGUGGCCGCCCACGUUGCCCGCGAGUCGUCGAGCCACGGCGCCACGGGCGUCGAGGUCGCCUUCGUCCACCUGCCGCACGUCGACCCGCCCACGGACUGCGCGACCGUCGAGGAGUUCACCUCCCGGUACAUCCGCCUCCACGCGCCGCGCGUCCGGGCCGCGGUCUCUCCCCGCGCCGCGGCGCUCGUCGUCGAGUUCACCUCCACGGACAUAUUCGACGUUGCCCGCGAGCUCGGCUUGCCGGCGUACGUCUACUUCGCCUCGUCCGCGGCCAUGCUGGCGCUCAUGCUGCGGCUCCCGGCGCUCCACCACGAGAUGCCCACGGAGUUCGGGGAGAUGGAUGGAGGACACUAUGUCCGUGUCCCCGGCUUGCCGCCGGUGCCAGCGUCGUUCAUGCCCGCGUCCGUGAUGAGCAAGAAGAGCCCGAGCUACGGGGACACUCUGUACCACGGCGGCCGCCUCGUGGAUGCCGCGGGCAUCAUCGUGAACACCGCGGUCGAGCUCGAGCCGGCGGUGGUGGCGGCGAUAGCCGAGGGCCAGUGCACGCCGGGACGCCCGGCGCCUCCGCUUUACCCCAUCGGUCCGGUAAUCUCGUCGGCUGGCGCUCAGAGCGAUGGCAACCACGAGUGCAUCCGGUGGCUGGACGCGCAGCCGCAGGCGUCGGUGGUGCUCCUCUGCUUCGGCAGCCUGGGGUUCCUAGGCGCGGCGCAGGUGAGGGAGGCAGCCACCGCCCUGGAACGGAGUGAGCACCGGUUCCUAUGGGUCCUGCGCACGUCGCCGGCCGCCGGCGCCGACCACCUAGACGGGAUUCUCCCGGAGGGAUUCCUGGACCGGACGGCGGCGAGGGGCCUCGUGUGGCCGUUGUGGGCGCCGCAGAGGGAAAUCCUCGCCCACGCCGCCGUUGGUGGCUUCGUGACGCACUGCGGCUGGAACUCGGUGCUCGAGGCGGUCUGGUCCGGCGUGCCGAUGGCGCCAUGGCCGCUAUACGCGGAGCAGCACCUGAACGCGUUCGAGCUGGUGGCCGCCAUGGGCGUCGCCGUCAGGAUGGAGGUAGACAGGAAGAGGAGCAACUUCGUGGAGGCGAGGGAGCUAGAGCACGCGGUGCGGUGCCUCAUGGAGGAGGAGGAGGAGGAAGGGCGGCGUGCGAGGCGGCGCGCCGCGGAGGCCAUGGCCGCGUGCCGCAAGGCGGUGGACGCCGGCGGAUCGUCCGACGCUUCGUUGCACAGCGUCGCUGCGAGGAUGCGAAAUGACACGAAAUGGUAGCAUAGAUCCAUAGCAAAAUUGAAUACAUACCGUUACAAAUAUAACUGUAGUGUAAUUAAACUAUAAUUAAAUUGUAACUAUACUAUAUUUAUAUUUGUAAGGUUUUUUUAAUCUAUAGUUCCAUCCUUUUU